AUGGGAAUUAAUAAAAAGGAAUUAAUUCAAGUGAAAAAGGGUUCUAAAUUAGGUGCCCGUAUUUGUUUUGAUUGGAAUUUCGUAGUGCCCCGUAUAGACACUUGUUCCACAUGUGACUCUUUAUCCAAUAAAGUAGGAAAUACAGGUGAUAAUGAAAAGAAAAAAGAAGCUCAAAUGGCCUUAGAUUUUCAUCACAGAAAAGUUGAGUGUGCUACUAAAGCAAUGCAAGCAGAUGUAAGAAAUGCCAAACACUCCGAUUUUUAUGUUAUAGCGUAUGAUAUGCAACAGCAAAUUUAUGUGCCGCAGCUUACACAUUCCGAAAUGUAUUAUUCCAGACAACUGGCGUGUUGCAAUUUGGGAAUUCAUGAUUCAGACAUUGAAAAUGGGUUCAUGUGCGUUUUGCCUGAGACUGUUGGCGGACGUGGAUCUUUGGAAGUAGCGCAUUGUGUUUAUAGCUACUUAACAAAACAAAUUACCACGAAUAAGAAAAAACUAAUAGUGUGGUCGGAUAACUGCGGGGCGCAAAACAAGAACCAUAUAGUUUUAUCCAUGUAUUUGACAUUGUUGGCAAAAGAUGUUGUUCGUACGAUUGCAACAGCUAAACAGAAAAAUCUCUUCGUUGUAGCCGUUUUUGAUGGUUUUCACGACUGGAGGUCUGUAGCAAAGAACCUUAAUAUGACAAAACUUAAAAUAAGUGAAGCUGCGAAAAUAAGAUUGUCGAGAGAUCAGUUUGGAACACCUGAAGUCUGGAAGUCGCAUGGAGCCUUACAGUUUCCUACAAAAACUAAUAUUCUGCGAAAAGGAGUAACUAUUGACGACUUUGCAACAAUUGAAGUUAAUGAACAGCCUACAAAGCAUGGUAUUCCUGAAGAAAAAGUAGCCCAUAUUAGAGCGAUGCUUCCUUACCUCACAAAUGAAGCAUAUGAAUACUAUUCACAGCUUCUGGGCUAG